AUGGAACUCCUCGAACUCGUCGAGUACGAGCCUACGACUCGUCCCUUUCAGUGCGACUGGGAAACCUGCAACAAGGCAUGUCCUCAGUCCCGAUGGCACAGCCGCCCAGCGCUUGCUAACCUCGCACAGAGCUUCAACCGCAAGUCAGACCUCCAAAGGCACUACAGGAUACACACCAAUGAGCGCCCUUACACCUGCUCUACUCCCGGCUGUGGAAAGAGCUUUAUCCAGAGGAGUGCUCUGACAGUACACAUCCGAACACAUACCGGCGAGAAGCCUCACCAGUGCCAGCACAUCGGCUGCGGAAAGAGGUUCUCUGAUUCUUCUAGUCUUGCCCGCCACCGACGUAUUCACACCGGAAAGCGCCCGUACAAGUGCGCACACGAUGGCUGCCUGAAGAGCUUCUGCAGAAAGACGACCAUGGUCAAGCACCAGCGGCGGUCUCACCAGCGCGGGCUGCAUCCCAACGAGUUGAUGGACGACUGCACUUCAGAAUCAGACGGUUGCGAGUCGCCCCCCACUCCCACACAGUCCUCUGUAUCCUGGCCAGGACACGGCCCGAUGGGCUCGCACCCAUCCUUGGCUCAAGCCCACGCCAUGCACCGAGCCGCCUCGUUCGCCGACUUUGGCCAACACAUGAGCUACAACAUGGCUCAACAGAUGCCUCAUCGGCACAGCGUCGCUGGCGAGGGACAAGAGUACCACUCGCCCGCGCCUCACGGUCAGCCGCAGGGCAUCCAGAUGGUACACCGCACGGCCAGCAUGCCUCAGCACUACUAUGUUAUUGAGCAGAGCAACCCGGGAAUCGCUACCAUGAAUACCACAAGCGUUCAGCAAGCCUACAUUCCUCGGCAACACGUCGAGCGAACCAACGUUGAGAUUCCCUACUCGGCAGGCAGCGUCGCCUCCUUGAGCAGCAGCCCGGGCAGCUUUUCGCCGGCCUCAGGAAACAGCCCGACUAUCCCGGAAACCAUGUACACGCAUCAACCUUCGCAGGCACCGUCAUAUGCCAUUCAGACUGCUUCACCUGUGGACCAGCAGCCUCCGAUGGUGCAAUACUCGCAGCAGAUUCCGGCGAACAUGCCCGCACAAGCGCCACAGCAGCAAGCCGAGGCUUGGUACCAGUACCAAGCCCCGGUAGAGGUCGCAACCAUCGGCCAGCUUCCGCCUUUUGGGUCAGGGGUGUACGACCUGUACGGGGGCCCGAAGAUCGAAUUCGACGACCCAACGAUGCAGCUUCCCAGCAGCCGCAUCGAGACAAUGUGA